AUGUUUAGCGAUGUUUUAAAAAAAAUUAAUGCUCAAGAAAUAUACAAGCGUCAUAUUGACAUUUUCCAUACUUAUGACAAUAUUGAUGGAUUGGUGGCAGCAUUUGUCCGCAAUGAACCAUUUGAUAUAAUUGCCACAGCCUCGGCUACUAGUACCGUACUCGCCAUGUGCUCCAGCAAGGAUCGACAAGCGGACCGUAAAAAAUCUAAAAAGGCAUCCGCAACCAAGUCGUCUCGUGCUUCAAAAAGUCAAAAAUCCGCGAAGUCGACGAGAUCUGGAAAGUCGUCCAAAUCUGGACACUCAAGCCGUGGAAAGCCUUCAAAAUCCAAGAAGUCGAAAUCAAAGAGCGUUAGACCUCUUGCAGUCCCCGGAGCACGGGUAGCUCCUAAUUCGGAAUCGAAGAAGCUGAGACGUGACAAGGACAAGUCGUCGAAAUCAGAAAGAUCCAGAAGAUCUUCAAAGUCUAAGAAGUGCGACAAGUCGGCCAAGAAGUGUGACCUGAACAAGGCGAAGAAGAGAAGUCCGAGAAAUCGAAGGCUCUCAAAUUGGUUCCCAAUCAGUCGAACUACACAUUCCCGGAGGGACAGGGGACUGCCUCAGUGAAGACAUCCACCCUUCGUGCUUCACCCAACAAGCUGCCAUUCGCAACAACGGGUGGUGUUCAGACAGUUAGCAUCGCGAACAACACCAAGUCGAGAAAGGCGUUUAAGGUCAAAACCUCUGACAAUCUUCUGUACCGUGUCAACCCAGUCUUUGGAUUCGUUGAGCCGGGAGACAAGCUUUCGAUCGAUGUGCUCCGUCACAAUGGUGUUGAGAAGACUGAUCACAUGAUUGUCUUAACAUCCAAUGCUUCAUCAGAACAAAAUUGUGCCAAAGGAGUCUUCGAGAGUGACCAACCACGCGAGCUUACCUCGGAAGUGGUGGAUUCUUCCGUGUUGCUCUUGCCAUCAAUCGGAAGGACGUGAAGCCAAUGAGUCAACAGUUCCGAGACUUUUUCAUCGAGUAUCUAAAAGAUGUAAAUGAAAAUUAUGCGAAAGCGGUAGAAUUGGUCCAAAUGGAUGAAGACAAACUGAUGGAAGCUAUGAUUGAAAAAGCGGGUUUGUCAUCGAUAGAUCUGCUGGCUUUGGAUGAAGAUGUUCAGGGACAAGUUAGUGAGAGUCACAAACAUAAAUGCGUUCAAUGUUCAAUCCGUAACCAAUCCGUAUACUUCUCGUCAUAUUCACUUUUGGAGCUACACGGAAAACUUCACCAAAACCUGCACGAACUUGCUCCGGAAGACGCAGAUGACUGUCAAGAUUGCUAUGAAACGUUGACAUCAUCAUUUGAAGUUAUCGUUCAUCGAAUCAAUCACCAUCAUUCUCGUCGUUGCUUCUUUGCAGACGAUUGAAAUUAGUUUUACAAUUUUAUCACAACCAGUGAUUUUCGACAUAUCUGGAUAGUGAACUUGAAAUAUAUAUUAAUUGAAAAGAAAAAGAGAAUACAAAGAAUCUCUCAUGCCCCCCGUUUAUUAUAAUUAAUUGAACUCAUUCCCAACAGAUCUUGAAUUGUUUUGUUUUGUAUAUUAUGAACAUAUUGAAUGAAUUUUGUGAUAAUUAAUU